AUGUCAAAAAGACCAUCUUAUGCCCCACCUCCCACCCCAGCUCCUGCAACACAAAUGCCCAGCACACCAGGGUUUGUGGGAUACAAUCCAUACAGUCAUCUCGCCUACAACAACUACAGGCUGGGAGGGAACCCGGGCACCAACAGCCGGGUCACGGCAUCCUCUGGCAUUACGAUUCCAAAACCCCCAAAGCCUCCAGAUAAGCCGCUGAUGCCCUACAUGAGGUACAGCAGGAAGGUCUGGGACCAAGUGAAGGCUUCCAACCCUGACCUAAAGUUGUGGGAGAUUGGCAAGAUCAUUGGUGGCAUGUGGCGAGAUCUCACCGAUGAAGAAAAACAAGAAUAUUUAAACGAAUACGAAGCAGAAAAGAUAGAGUACAAUGAAUCUAUGAAGGCCUACCACAAUUCCCCCGCAUACCUUGCUUACAUAAAUGCAAAAAGUCGUGCUGAAGCCGCUUUAGAGGAAGAGAGUCGACAGAGGCAGUCUCGCAUGGAGAAAGGAGAACCUUACAUGAGCAUCCAGCCAGCUGAAGAUCUGGAUGAUUAUGAUGAUGGCUUUUCAAUGAAGCAUACAGCCACCGCCCGUUUCCAGAGAAACCACCGCCUCAUCAGUGAGAUCCUCAGUGAAAGUGUGGUGCCAGACGUUCGGUCGGUUGUCACAACAGCUAGAAUGCAGGUCCUCAAACGACAGGUCCAGUCCUUAAUGGUUCAUCAGCGAAAACUAGAAGCUGAACUUCUUCAAAUAGAGGAGCGACACCAGGAAAAGAAGAGGAAAUUCCUGGAAAGCACAGAUUCAUUCAACAAUGAACUUAAGAGGUUGUGUGGUUUAAAAAUUGAAGUGGAUAUGGAAAAAAUUGCAGCUGAAAUUGCACAGGCAGAGGAACAGGCUCGCAAAAGGCAGGAGGAAAGGGAGAAGGAGGCAGCAGAGCAAGCCGAACGCAGUCAGAGCAGCAUCGUUCCUGAGGAAGAACAAGCAGCAGAUAAGACUGAAGAGAAAAAAGAAGCUGAGAACAUUCCGAUGGAGACAGAGGAGACACACCUUGAAGAAACCACAGAAAGCCAGCAGAAUGGUGAAGAAGGCACAUCUACUCUGGAGGACAAGGAGAGUGGACAGGAGGGGGUGGACAGUAUGGCCGAGGAAGGGACCAGUGACAGUAACACUGGCUCCGAGAGCAACAGCGCCACAGUGGAGGAGCCUCCAACAGAUCCCAUACCGGAAGAUGAGAAAAAGGAAUAA